CAGUCAGCUUUCUUUAACCAGAUCAGAGUCCAAGUUGGACGGAGACGGAUCAGAGCCAUGAUGAACUACAUCAUCCGCCCUUGGGCCAUAAGGGAUCUUAAGGAGGUCAUGCGGCUUAUCCGGGAAGCUGCGGCUUUCCACAAAGCUUUGGACGAGGUGACCACCACCCCAAAAAAUUUCCAAGAAGAUGGGUUUGGGAAAGAGCCCACUUUCGGGUGCCUGGUUGCUGAGCUGCCCCCGGGAGAAAAGACCAAAGGAGGCCACACUAUUAUUGGGUACCAGUUCCACUAUUUGUCCUACUGCACCUGGGACGGCCCUGUUCUCUUUGGAGAAGACCUCUACGUCAUGCCAGAUUAUAGAGGCAAAGGCAUUGGCACAAGCUUAGUGAAUAAAGUGUGUCAGGUUGCAUUGGAGAAAGGAUGCUCCCAAUUCCGUUUAUUCUCGGCUCAAUGGAACCAGCCGGCAAUGGAUUUCUACACCAAACUGGGUGCUGUGAAUGUCACAAUGAACGAACAUUGGCUGGUGAACAACAUCACCAAACAGAAUAUUCGAAAGCUCGCAGAGCAAGCCAGACAACUGCGGUCCGGCUAGGCUUUUUUCCAGAAUCUGAAAUUAUUCCAAAACUUGGAAUUGUCCACCUGGCGGCUGAUAGAGAGACAUCAUUGCUUUCUGAUGGUUCAGUAGACACAAAUAUCAUCUCAUGCACAAAAUUAUUAAAAAUAUUGGGAAAAUAUUACCAUCAUCCUAUGUGUAUGAACUGUAUAUGAAAUAGGCUUUAAAUUAAAUUUUAGGCUUAAAACUGGAA